AAGAAUGCAGAGGCGAUGAUCCGCAAACACGCAGAUUUCCGGGUGCAGAUGGACGUGGAUUUUCUCGUCAAUAACUGGAAGCCGUCCGAGGUGGUGGAGAAGUACUUCUCUGGGGGGCUGUGUGGCUUUGACCGGGAGGGGUCUCCUCUGUGGUGGGAGGUGGUGGGGGACCUCGACCCCCCUGGCUUAAUGAGGUCCGAGCGGCCGGGGGGCUUCCUCCGCAGCAAGGUGCGGGAGCUCGAGCUCAUGCUGGCCGAGUGCCAGCGGCAGACUCACCUGGUGAGUAACGCAGCUGCACACUCACGCGUCUCACUCACCUGCCUAAUCGCGUACUGCCCGAUGUUGAGGAUGUUUGAAGCCAACUAUCCGGAGUGUCUAAAGAGGAUGUACAUCGUGAAAGCUCCGCGUAUCUUCUCGCUGUUCUAUACCCUCAUGACGCCCAUCAUCGGCGAGGGCACCAAAAGCAAGAUCCAGGUGCUAGGCAGUGACUGGCAGGAGGUGCUGCUAUCACAGAUCGAUGCCUCUGAGGUCCCUGAGUACUACGGUGGGACUCAGACAGGCCCGGACGGAGACCCACGAUGUGGAGACAAGGUGAGAAACACGGGGACAGUGACGUUGACAGGGCUAGACAGAACCCCACUGUGCGGAGACAAGAUGAGACAGAUGGGGACAGGAACAGGGAUACACUCAUCCUUUGUCCUCAUGUCUCUAUCUCUCCCCGUAUCUGUGUCCCUGUAUUCCCGUAUCCCCAUGUACCCUGUCCCCGUGUCUCCGUGUCCCCAGAUAAGGUUCCCCACCGAGGUGCCCCUGCAUUACUACGCAGCACGUGACCUGAGCUAUGAAAGCAGCGUGACCGUGGGGCUGGGGUCCUCGCACACCCACAGCCUCCAUGUCGCGUCGACCGGCAGCGUCAUCCAGUACCUCGCCCACCUACCCAUGAUGGUUGAAUUGAAAGUGGAGGGGUCACAAGCCACUCAUACUUAUCCAGAGCUCCCAUUGGCCACUGUGGUGGCUAAGAACACAAUGAGGGGAACAGCCGAUUGGAAUCAGCCCUUCCUCCAUGGCAUUGCUCACAGCCAUGACAUCAGCAUUACCAUCCAGCACCAUCGAGGAGGUGGGGUUGUUAUUGCCACCGACAUACUCACCUAUGGGUCCUUCUGUGUGUCUCACAGGUGGUCAUUCCAGACUGAGAGCCAUGAUAUAGGAUUCGGGGUGAGUAUGCAAAGAGAAGGUGGUGAAGACACCAGGAUCAUAAUUGCCGUGCAGAGACACAACACCCACCUCAUCCCCGAGCAUGGAACGCUCACUGCCCAAGAGCCUGGCCUCUACUCCUUGCUGUUCGACAACUCCUAUUCGUGGAUUCACUCGAAAAAUCUGCAGUUCACGGUGAAGCUGCAGCCCCCUGGAUCAGAGACAGCUUGACCUACGA